AUCAUCGUCAUCCGCACCGAGCACUGACUGUCAAAUAAUCUGAUGGUUGUUUUGGAAUUAGCACGACGACAUCGUCGUCUCGCGGUCGCUCAGAGUUCUUUCGCGUUUCUCGCCCACACAACACAUCUUCAUUCAGUAUCGAAUGCUCGGUGGUGUCGGAUCCUACGACGGUGGCGUAGUGGACUUGAUCCGGGACUCCAUUCAAGCUAUCCGACCGUGACAGGUUCCCUGAUUUAAGGUUCGGUCGGCGGUGCGUGUUACAUUUCAGCUUUGAUUUUGGUGCAGGGCAGUGCGAACAAGAAUUGAGGCGGCUAGUGUUUGAAAGGGAAAGAUUCCACGAGCAGGGCAAGUGUAGUGAAAAUGACGAACAUUAGUGAGGGUGAAAAACUCCGGGAGGAUCAUCGGGACAUUUGCGGGCAGCUGAACAUCGAUGCCGCAACCGAGGAACAAUCAUGGAACUCCUUCCAAGCAACCCAAAAGGCGUACAACUUGGACGUUGACCAAUUGCACUGGCUAGGAUGUGCGCUUUUCAUCAUUUGCCGCAAAAAGGUGACGCCCACCGUUGGGAACACCAACUCCGUACUACAGGGCAACUGCGUCUCGAUGACGCGACUUUUGAGGCUGUGCAAGAUCAACUUGCAUGAGUUCUUCAAAAAGAUCGACCAAUGGAUGAUGAUGACGUCGCAACCGGAGGCAUGCCGCAAUGCAAUCAGCAGUUUGCAGCACAAUUUCGUCGUCGCGAUGUUCAUCUAUCAGAAGUUUCGCGAUGUAUUUCCGACGAUCUUCGUUGCACCCAGCGAAGAUGAGCAGCGACGUGGGAAGAAAUCGAAGCCCCAACCGUGCACCCCAGAGCAGCUGUACAAGUUCUGCUGGAAGCUGUUCAUCUGCGCCAAGGCAGAGUAUCCGGAUCAAAAAGGCGAUUUAGUUAAAUCGUACAAUAUGCUUUUGUGCUGCCUAGAUCUGGUCUACGCCAAUGUUAUUGCUGACCGUCGUACCGAUUUGGUUAACCCAAGCUUUGCCGGUUUGCCGGAGGACUUCAUCAUCAAUCCAGACAAAAUUCCAAAGGAACCGGUGUGCAUAAUCGAACAUAUUAAAGAGGACAAUUGCAGUUCGGUCAUAAUGGACAUCAGAGAUAACAUCUGGAGUAACACGAUUCAAAAGUUUUCUCAGGAAAAGGUACUUUGUGGCGAUGCGAAAACUCUGCUGGGAUUCAUAACGGUUGCAAACUUUGAGAACAAUCUCAAAUCGCUGGACAGCAAGUACAACACCUUCAUUUUGAGCAAUGGUGAGUUUGAUGAGAGCAUAGCUCUUGAGCAGAAAACUGCCGAAGGAGGAUCUAUCUUCCCAUCAGUCAAGUCGGAACUAUCAAUGUCUGGCACUCCGGAACGUAUUCCGCUUUAUCAACAGACCCCGUUGAAUAGCCGCAGUACCCGCUAUGCUGCCCAUCACGUCACCUCCAAAUUCACCCCGAUUUCUACCGCAAAUGCCUCGGUAGCCAAGCUUCGUAUGAAGCUGAUGAUAAGCAACACCGGUGAAGGGCAAAGUUCAUUUAAAGAAUUGCUCCGCACAUGCAACCCAGAUCCGUCCAACACAGUGACGGCUCGAGUAUCGCAACUGCAGACGAAAUUCGUCAAGCAUAUGCUUGAUCAGAACUGGAACCCUCAAGCCAUAGCUAGCCGAUGGGACAUGAUACAGACACUGUACUACCGACUGCUUGAGCUCAUCAUCCGCGCUGAGCGGAAACGGAUGCGGAGUAACAUAGUGAAAGAACUGUGCUGCGAAGAGAUGUUCAACCAAACACUGCUCGUUUGCAGUGCGGAGAUCGUUAGCUUUGCUCAUAACUUGCAGCACAACUUUCCGCUGAUUCUGACGGUGUUCGAUAUGCCGCCUUUCAUCUUCUAUCGGAUUAUCGAGAUGGUGGUAAAGCACCACAACGAUCUCCUUUCGGGAGAGAUCAUUAAGUAUCUGACUAUUAUUGAAAACCAGUGCAUUGAAUCGCUUGUUUGGCAAAAUUCGUCCCCAUUGUGGGAUGUAAUGAAAAACAUUGGUUAUAAAGUGCCUUAUGCCAAGGACGUAGAAUGCUCUAUUGACCUAUCGGGUAUCACGCCGCAUAAACCCAAUGACAGUGCCAGCAAAACUAAUAGUCAACAAAAGUUAGAAUCUACCCCGUCAACGUCGACGUCCACGCCAUCGAGCAACAACGGUCAACCGGUACGGAAGCCACCCAAUCCAGAUUCGGCCAAGAAGCGUUUGUUCCUGAUGGAUGAAGAUGAGCCAUCAAAGACCGAAACAUCUGGCAACGAACCGACGCCAGAGUCAGAAGCAUCACAGGAGAAAAAAGAUACUCCGAAAGAACCUACGGCAGCGAUCUCAUUCAUGUCACCUUUCAAGGCACCUAUUCCGAAUGGAUCCGCUUCGAAACGCAAGCCUGGGAGUUCUUCAUUAAAUCUGUUCUUCCGAAAGUAUUAUUCCACCGCGGCUCUGCGGAUGAGACACCUGUGCACGCAGUUAAAACUCUCGCCGGAAAUGAUGGUGGAAAUAUGGACCAUCUUCGAGUACUCAGUGGUCAAGUGUACCAAGGAGCUGAUCUGCGACCGCCACCUGGAUCAGAUGGUCAUGUGUUCGAUCUAUCUGUACGCCAGAAUCAAAAAGCACACGAAAAAGUUCGCCGACAUCAUGAAGGCCUACCGCACCCUGCCGCAAUCGUACAGCCAUGUGUAUCGGAGUGUCUUCAUAUCGCGUGGUUCGGCAGAGCAACAACAACUGGCACAACAGGACGGGCCCAUUAGCAAUACAGAAGGGGGAACGGAAUCGCGUCGUGUGCUUCCAGGGGAUAUGGCGGGGGUUUCCGUCCAGCAUGGAGACGAAGAGCGGGGCGACAUCAUUCGGUUCUACAACACGGUGUACAUCACGAAGAUGCAGAGCUUGGCCACUCUAUUUGGCAGCGAGGACGGGCGCUCGCUUAUGUUAUCCCCACUGCCAAAAACAACAAAUCGAUGUUUGCUGCAAUCGCCGAAAAAGAUCGACAACCGAUAUUCGUUGUAUGUCACUCACAUGGACAGAAGUAGCGACCUGAAGGAAUCCCCCAAUGCCAUCACUAUCCCAUUUUCUGCUAGUCCGGCGAAGUUCCACGAGCUACAGAAGAUCAAUCAGUUAGUCAAAAGCGCUCCGCAAAACUCCUGCAAGCGUAGUCUGAGCGAUCUGGAAUCGUACGAGCAGCCUACGAUGAAGCCCAAGUGCAGGAAGUUGGACCGGCUACUUUCGGACCGCCAACAACAGGAAAGCAAUGUCAACCCUAAGUAACGCAAGUUCUAAGAUAUAAAUUGUACAAUAAGUCUCGAUCGUGUUUUCAAUAACUUUAUCAAUUCAAUUGUAACAAUAACCAAUAUUUAUUUUCUGUCCGCGCGCAGAAAAGAUUGAGCGUAAAUUCUUUACACCACUUCCGUAUAUUAGACGGACAUCAGCUUCCCUGCAUGCUACUAAUAUUUGCUCGCAUUCGCAUUUGAUACACGGAAUACGAACUGGCAAAACGGCGAACAUAUUACAAGGCAAUUGAUCUCAAAAUCGGGUCGCUUAAUGUGUAGUAAUUUUUUUAGCUAUAUUUAUUUAUUUAAAUACUCCAGGUGAGAUCGAAUUUGUUGAUUAGAUAAUUUUAAAAAGACUCGUUUGUGACACCCGCCCCGACACGGGGACUCGUGUCGGAGGUUGAGAUUCCGUCUUCUAUCCUAGGUUUGAAAUAUUAUACUUCCCCAAGCGGACCUUCAGACUUUUACCACGUUACUGUACUCCGAUAAACGAAACAAAAUUGCUGCCACCGAAGGCACAAUUCAGUUCAGCUUCACAAAAUGCAAAAUUCGACUUCCAUAGAAACGCUGUUCGGUUGCUGUAUCGAAUGCGAUUUGGAUGCAAAAAAUCGCUUGAAAUAAAUUACCCUACUGAUUUAAAAAACAAACAAGUUAAAUAUAAAACAAAGCUAUGCUUGCAUACGAUGAAUAUGUUAUUAUCGCUAUUAUAUAAUCAGAUUAUAUACCUAUUUUUUAUUAUUAUGAAAUAAAUAUUGAUGCAACAAUGAGA